AUGCAAGAGAAGUCACUACAGCAGGCGAAUGCGGAGAACACUGCGGAGAAACCAAGCGGAAACAAGGCCCCCAGCACCAAGAACACGGCUCAGCUCUCCAAAAUCCCACAUCAUAUGCUCUCCACGGUUCUACAUCAAAUCAUCACUCAGCAAGCGAAGAACACCACUGCAACUUGGCUUAUCAUCCCCACUGCAUCAAGGGAGCAAGAGGAGGAACUACAACAGGCAAAUGCGGAGAACACUGCGGAGAAACUAAGCGGCAACAAGGCCACCAUCGUCAAGAACACGGCUCAGCUCUCCAAGAUCCCACCUCAUAUGCUCUCCACGGUUCCACAUCAAAUCAUCACUCCGGAACGAUGCAUAUUUGAACGAAUUGAAACCGUCCGAUAUCUUGCUCUGACAGCUAUUUCAUUAUUCGAAAGAUUUCACUGCGGUAGGAGAUAA